CAGACAGGCGAAGAGAGACAGACAGACAGACAGAGGCGAAGACAGACAGACAGCCAGACAGAGGACGGAAGAGCGAGCGAGCGAGCACCCAACCAGGCAGACGGAAGAACCAUGAUCGUCGACGCGGUGCGGGUCGCCUGCGGAUCGGACGGCGUAAUGGUCGAGGACGAGGACCCUCUCCGCCCGCCGCCCUUCAGCCCGCCCCUCGACUCCGGCCACAACCCCUCCGAGGCCAACCCUGCCGCAGGAGAAGCGAGACUCCACGCCGAGCUGCAGUCGACGCUCAUAGAACAACAGGACCAGCAACAACACUGCGCUGAGAAGGGCGUCGUUUCAGAAGUCAAGGGAUCGGGCGAGGUGUGCCAAGGGUGCCAUGACGUCAUCGCCGACCGGUUCCUCCUGCGGGUCAAUUCGAGGUCGUGGCACCAGACUUGCCUGCGGUGCUGCGUGUGCCAGCUGGCCCUCGACCGGCAGCCGUCGUGCUUCAUCCGGGAACACAAUGUCUACUGCAAGUCCGACUACACGAGUUGUAGUCUACAGAAUUUCGAGUAA